AUGUCCACGGAACCACGCCGCCCCGUCGGUGCCGCGCCAGCAUACGACGACGCCGAGAAGGGUACCCUCGAGCAGGUCGCCGUCUUCCCCGUCGACAAGAAGCCCGUCUCGUAUCCCGCCGAAAAGAAGCAGGAUCCCUUCAUCAGCGAGAAGAAGGACGUCGCCGUCUUCACCGCGCCCGCCACAAAGCAGGACCCGUACGGCCAACACAAAGCCACGGGCAAGAAGCACAAGGUCUCGAAGGUCAUCACGUUCAAGCUAUGGUACAACACCUAUCGUAAACUCUUCACUAUUGCAUUUUCCGUCAACAUGAUAAUGUUCGGCUUCGCUGUCUCCGGCCACUGGCCAUACGCGGUCAAGUACGCGGGUGCCUUCGCCGUCGGCAACUUCAACUUCUCCAUCCUUAUGCGCAAUGAGAUCUUCGGCCGUAUCCUCUACUUGAUCGUGAACACGCUCUUCGCCAAGGCACGUUGGGCACCUCUUUGGUGGCGUCUCGGCUGCACGUCUGUUCUCCAGCACCUGGGAGGAAUUCACACAGGAUGUGCCGUCUCCGGUAUCGUCUGGCUUACCUUCAAAGUCGUCAAGACAUACAUCAACCACGUGAACGAGAACAACGCAAUCCUUGCGCUUGGUGUCCUCACGAAUGUCGCCGUCAUCAUCACCGCUGUUGCGGCGUUCCCGUGGGUCCGCAACACACACCACAACGUUUUCGAGCGUCACCACCGCUUUGUCGGCUGGAUUGCCCUGUUCCUCACUUGGGGGUUCACGAUCAUGGGCGACAUCUGGGACCCCAGCAACCGCUCCUGGGUCCCUGACGGCAAGCACCUCGUUCGCCAGCAGGACUUCUGGUAUGUUAUGGGCAUGACCCUCUGGAUCGCGCUUCCGUGGAUCUGCACUCGGGAGGUCCCUGUCGACAUCGAGCUUCCGUCGCCCAAGGUCGCUGUUGUCCGUUUCAGGCGUGGGAUGCAGCAAGGUCUGCUCGGUCGUAUUAGCCGAAGCGCUGUGAAGGAGUACCACGCUUUCGGUAUCAUUUCUGAGGGUGCCCACGCGAAGUACCAUUACAUGAUUUGCGGUGUGCAAGGUGACUUCACACGCAGCCUUGUCAACGACCCCCCUCCCACUCUCUGGACCCGUGAACUCAAGGUCGCCGGUGUGUCCAACACGUCCACCCUUUACAAGCGCGGCAUCCGUAUCUGCACCGGUACCGGUAUCGGUGCGGCGCUUUCCACAUGCAUCCAGAGCCCGAACUGGUUCCUCAUCUGGAUCGGCUCUGACCAGGAGAAGACGUUCGGUCCGACGAUCAGCGGCCUCAUCCACAGGCACAUUGAGCCCGAGCGCCUGCUGCUGUGGGAUUCGAAGCUCCGCGGCGGUCGCCCAGACACGAUGAAGAUUCUCAAGCAGGUCUACCAAGACUGGAACGCUGAGGUCAUCUUCAUCACCUCGAACUUCAUCGGCAACACGGAGAUGAUGGAGGGUUGCAAGGAAGCCGGCAUCCCCUGCUUCGGGACGCUUUGGGACUUCUCGCGCCGCCCGCCUGUCCUCGGGGACUCGGUUGUAAUCCUUGGUUAA